AUGUCGGGCAGCGGAGUCUCAUCGCUGCCGGCCGCACAGAGGCAGCAACAGCAGCAGCAGCCACUUGCGGCAGCAUCUAGGAAAGCAUCGUCUCCAAACCGUGCGCGUCACCAGAUACACCGGUCUAUUACCGAACUCACGUCACCAGUCCGCCUGGGGAAACAUCAUCAACACCAUAUACACACUUCGCACCACCAUCAUAAUCGGAUGUCACAUCACAGGAGGGAUCAGAGCCGAGACGAAUCUGAUGAUAUAAGCAUACCACUGUCCGCGGCCCCUGUGCUGCAGGCGGUCCCAAGAGCCUCGCUUGACGUGCCUCGAUUCGAAGGGGCGACGCCAGCGGCCCUAAGUGCCAAUCCCAGCCGAGCAGGUAGCAUCUUGAUACCUCCUGGUAGGGAAACUGCCGGAGGUCUACGCGGCCUGCCCGCCGGCGAGGAUGAGGACGAGGCACUGCGACGGGCCAAGGACAGGACUGGUGCGAGGACUAGUGAUCUGAAGAAAUCCCUCGCCGACCUAGCCAACAUCUCGGCCGGCACCACGCGGCGCCUCGACGAGACCUACUACAGCGUCCUGGAGAAACUAACCUCCCUGCAAAACACCGUUGUUGCCCUGAAAGAGCUCGCGUCUGCCUCGGCCGCGAUGAACGAGGGAUUCACGGCCGAAUCAGAGUCUGUCCUCGCGGAAGCGCAGGCACAGCUCGAUGCGUUUGGGCAGUUUGACGAGCAGCAGGCGCGCGUACAAGCUCUACAGGACCGCAUCCACGGUGGGCGGGAGCGCAUCAGCGCGCUGAGCGAGCGGGUGGACAUCGUCAGGCAGAAGGUGGAGCGCUGGGAGCGCGCGGACUUCCUGUGGCAGAACAAGACGCGUAGGAGGAUCAAGAUCGUGUGGGGAGUGGUGCUGGGCCUCGUCCUCCUGAUGCUGCUGCUGUAUGUUGGGGCAAGGGCCUAUGCGCCCGAGCUUGAGGACUUUGCUGCGGAGCUGAAGGAGGAUGCUAUGCUGGCGAAGUUGAAGCUGGAGUCCGGGGGCAAGGGACCGUUUGCUGGCCAUGGGGACGAGUGGAGCAUGGCUCUCAAUUUCAGCAGAGACGGGCCGGCUGAGGGAGGGGACGAGGCGUUGAGGGCUCUGGACGAGCUGUAG